AUGAACGACACUCGCAAACGCCCAAUUUGCUCCGGCGACUUCCCUUCCGCCACUUCUCCCGUCAACUUCCGCCGACCCUCCCCCAAAAUUCACCUCUCCGCCAGGAAGCUUGCAGCACGUUUAUGGCACUUCCGCUUUUUCCACCUUUCCUCUUUUCACAAGGUAUAUUCCCCCAUCCAUUUCUUCACUUCACAAUAUUCAUAUUCUCUCCUUUCAUUCUCCAAAAAAUAUAUAUUUAUUCACUACAACGCAUUCAAGAACCUUACUUUCGGUGAUCCCUGUCGUCAGCAUCAAUCGUCUCCACCGCGUGUCAAGCUCGCAGAAGAAGGAGUUAGAAAACGUGAUAGUAGGAAGCUUCUUAGAGAAACUAAAUUAAUUGGUGGCUCUGUUGUCUCUGCUCUUCUCUCAGAGCUCCUUCGGGCUCAAACCUGCAUUAACAAGCUCAAAUCGGAACACAAAUCCUGUAAGAAAAAGCUUGAGGAGGAAAAAUUUCUCUGGAAGCGUCGAGAACUGAAGAAGAAUGAAGCAAUGUUAGAGAGCUUAAAGGAUAAGUUAGCCAGGGAAAGGAGAAGUAGAGAGAGGAUGGAAUCACUUAAUUCCAAAUUGGUACAUGAGCUGGCCGAAGCAAAACUAUAUGCUGAGCAAUUUAUGAUUAACUACAAGGAGGAAAGGAGGAAAAGAGAAAUAAUAGAGGAAGUGUGCAACAAAUUGGCUAUGCAAAUAGGAGAAGACAAAGCUAAGCUGGAGGGGAUUCGUGAGGAGAUGGAGGAAGAGAGGAAGAUGUUUCACAUGGCAGAGCUGUGGAGAGAAGAGAGCAUUCAAAUGAAGCUACUUGAUGCCAAACUUGCCCUGGAAGAUAAGUACACUCAGAUGAUCCACUUGAUUGCACAUCUGCAAAGUUUCUUAAGGUCAAGAGGUGUAGAACUGGGUGCACCUGAAUCAGCCAAUGUUGAACUGUCACGUGAUUUCACUAAGUCAAAUUAUGUUUUCGACACUUCUGAUGAGAUCAAAGUUAAAGAGAGGAUGAUUGGAGUUCAACCGUACUACCCUUCCAGUUUUAUUGGUCCCUCUUCCACCGUCUACAUUGUAAGUCUCGAUGAAGAUCAUUGCCUCAAUAAUAAUCUUGACAAUGUUGACCAAAACGUGAAUGGCUCAGGGAGUGAAGCAGAAUGUUGUGAAAAAUCAGAGGAUGGUUGUUACAAAUACUGUGAUUCUUUUAUGGCACAACAAAACUCUGAAGAUCCUACAUUUGGUGAGUGUGAAGGGAGAUUCGCAACAAGUUCAGUUAAGAGCGGUGGGAUUGGUUCUACUUUCAUGUGUAAAGGUUCUGGUGAAAGUGGGUUUAGACAAUGGGAAUUAUUGGGACCACGCAAUUUUGCAGACUCACUGAAUCCGCACAUUACUCGUGGGAUGAAAGGGUGCAUAGAAUGGCCUCGAGGUACGUCCAAAAUCAAUUCCAAGAUAAUCCCUUUGGAAGAAAGAGUGCGGAAACAGAAAUCUCGGUUGCAACAUAUGCUUAAGCCGCUGGCUUAA